AUGAUUCUGCUAGAGAGGAAGUUUCCAACGCACCUCUUUCAGUCUUCGAAUCAGCAUCAGCGUCUAUCAUACCUGCCCAGCCACAAUACCUACGUGGCAAGGCCGCUCGAUCAAGACUUGAUGGCCAUAAUCAGGGCGUUCUUCGAGCUCGGUCGAAUACCAGGCAAUGGGGAAUUCAUCGACAAAACUCAAACCUCGUGGAAUGAAUUGCGUUAUCGUGGAGACGAGGCUUUUGAUCUGUCCUUCCCACCCAUUGAUGAUGUUUGCCCUUCUCUCACGCUGAGGUUCACACUUUCGGACAUGACGACGUCCAUCCUCGAAUGUGAGGUUGCCAAAGAUACAGAUGUAACGGAGCUUUCCGUUCCGCUCGGCAAGACGUUGCUAACACUCUUCCCUUCAAUUACUUAUGAUUCCAGCUUCAAGCCGGCUACCCUACGAACAGCGGAUGUAGAAGUCGACUUUAUCACUCCAAUCGGCAUCGACUACAUGAUGGAUUUAGUGUGGUGUGCGCUGGUAGCUAGGGCCAAGAACAACAAGUCAGGCUUGAUGCGGUCAUUAACGGUGCUUCCCACUCUUCUUUUCCCCCAUGUUGCUAUCUUGAGCUAG